UCCAGGGCCAUUUUCUUUCUUCUGUUUUUUUUUUGGUCAAACGGAAAUAAUUCCAGGGCCAUUUUCGUCCCCUACAGCGAAGCUCUCCAUGACUCCAUCUACAAAGCUGUCCCUCUCUCUCUCUCUCAUCACUUGGUCGCGAAGUUCGAUGAACCCUCCGACCGACACUCUUAUAUGCGAGAAAAUUUUCAUUGCAAAAUUUACUGCAUCUAACAUUGGAUUUGGGGGAGUAAAGCUAUGGCUUCGAUUCGACUUGAUGCAUCGAAGCAGUAUUACGCAACCAGCAGUCUUGUAGUUGGUUAUGCUCUCUGUUCUAGCUUGCUUGCCGUGAUAAACAAAUUCGCCAUUACCAAAUUCAACUACCCAGGUCUUCUAACUGCAUUGCAGUACUUAACAUCAGCUCUGGGAGUGUGGGUUCUGGGCAAGUUGGGCUUUCUGCACCAUGAUCCAUUCGUAUAUGAUACCGCAAAGAAGUUCCUGCCCGCGGCAGUAGUGUUCUAUCUCGCAAUCUUCACCAACACCAAUCUUCUUCGCCAUGCCAAUGUGGAUACAUUCAUAGUUUUCCGAUCCUUGACGCCCCUUCUGGUUGCCAUUGCCGAUACCGCAUUUAGAAAGCAGCCGUGCCCUUCAAAGCUUACCUUUCUGUCCUUGGUCAUUAUCUUGGGCGGUGCUGUUGGGUAUGUUGCCACAGAUUCUGGUUUUACCCUCACCGCGUAUUCGUGGGCAUUUGCUUACUUGAUCACAAUUACGAGUGAGAUGGUUUAUAUCAAACACAUGGUUAUGAAUCUCGGGUUGAACACUUGGGGUUUCGUGUUCUAUAACAACUUGUUGUCUUUGAUGAUGGCUCCAUUGUUUUGGAUUGUUACGGGAGAAUAUGCCGAUGUUUUCGCUGCUGUGGGAUCAAGAUCGGAGAACUGGUUUAAGUUUGAUGCAUUUUCUGCAGUGUCUCUUUCGUGCGUGUUUGGGCUUCUCAUCAGUUUCUUUGGAUUCGCUUCCAGAAAGGCAAUCUCCGCCACGGCUUUUACUGUAACCGGUGUUGUUAAUAAGUUUUUGACUGUUCUAAUCAACGUGUCGAUUUGGGAUAAACAUGCGGGCCCCUUUGGUUUGGUUUGCCUCCUCGUCACAAUCGCCGGAGGUGUUCUUUAUCAGCAGUCAGUAACUGGAGCCGCAAGCACUGCUCCAUCACAGCGUGAUUCUGCUGCUUCUAAGCUCAUUGAUAGCGAGAAUGAUGAUGGAGUGGAGGAUGAAGAGAAGGGCAGCUCUGGUAAAAUUUCCGGUGUAUGACUACUCGUUUCUAUCGAUUUCCAAGGUCGCUAAAUAGAAGUCAUGCCUAUCGAUCGUGUCGGAAACAUGUAUCGUGUAUUAGAUGUUGCAAGUUGCAACAUUACUCUAGUGAAAUUGCAUGUGUAUGAGCAUUUUACUAGUCUUGAGCCAUUUGCUACUUGGCUGAAUAGAAUUUUAUGCCUCUUGUUAGCAACUUAAAAGGUACUACUUGUUUCUGUAUUAGUCAUUAGAUAUGGCCAAUAGUAGAUACUACUAUUAUUUUGAGAAGUUUGAUUUCAUUGAACUA